AUGGCAAACUCCAACACCAGAAGAAACCCUCCCAUGGAUGGAGCAGCGUGUGAGUCCGACCCUGAUCCGCGAACCUUCAACGCAAACCUCCAAGCGAGGACAAACCAAGUCCUCAGCACUCUUGCUUCCGGGGUUGAUGUCCAAACUCUUUCACUGGAUUCUCUGAAAGAGAUAAGCGAGUGCCUAUUGGAGAUGAACCAGGAAGUGGUCAAAGUCAUCUUGGAUAGCAAGAAAGAUAUCUGGAGAAAUGAAGAGCUGCUCAAGCUUGUACAAGAUUACUUCAAUGACAGCUUGCCCACCCUUGAUUUCUGUGCUUCCCUCGAGAAUUGCUUGAAGCAUACAAUUUACAAGCUACAGAAGUUCAUGCUCAAGAAGUUGUGGAUCAAGAAGAAGAAGAUUGAGAAGAAGCUUAAGAGCAUACAGAUGUGGAGGAAAAUCUCAAGCAUGAUACCGGUUGUAACUUUCGCAGCCAUUCUAAUCUAUUCUGUCACAACUGCUAUGGUGGCUUCUCCGCCAGUUGUUGUUGCCCUAUCGGCUGCAACCGCCAUGGAUGUGAUUGGCAAGUGGAUAGACUCCCUUUGGAAGCAUUGUGAAGAAGCACUGAAGAGAUGGGAGGAGGUGAUCACCUCGAUGCAAGCCAGUAUCUUUGUUGCUCUCAAGGACCUGGAUAAAAUGAGAAUUACGAUUGACCCUUUGGAGGUACAGAUGAAGAGCCUCUUGCAGAAAGCUGAUUUUCCAAUUGAGGCGGGAGCAGAGGCAGUAAAGCUCGGAAUAGCAGACAUUAAGAAGAAGCUGAGAGACUUCAUGAAGGACGUCAAAGGACUGGGAAAGGAUGUCGAUAUGUGCAGCCGCAAUCUCCAGAGAUCAAGGCUAGUGGUGCUUCAGAGGAUUAUAAAGCCUCCCACCAAUUGCAAUGGUGCCCCAAUGUAG